ACACACUCAAAGUCACAUAAAAUGGAUUUACAUUUUUGUGUCGUGACUCUGCAUCAGAUUAAGAGUUCAGCGAAGCAGGACUUUCGCAGAGUUAGAGCUCAGACUCUACACAAACUCACCAGGGAUAGAAUAUCCAUGAUCCGCCUCGGCUUCCUGGCUAAGAUGUGAUGUCACUCUGGAAGGAAAAGGGGGGGCCCCAUUGAGAUCCCCUCACUAUCUGCGGAGGAUGUGAGAGGCUCAGGCUGCUUUUGCACCACCCCCUCCAUUUCCCCACAGUCAACAGGAAGACCGGAGGCCAAAGAGAGCGGCCACACUCUGCAGGAGGGGAAAGACGAAGAAGGUCCAGCUGUACAUUCAGGACAAAGGAGAACAAUCAAGGCAAAGGAAUGAGCAAGAAUCAGAAAGAAGUGAAGAAAAUCCAGACAGUGUAUCUGCAGAACCUGGAAAAACUCAACCAGGGACUAAAGCCAGACAAGAAGAGUUGGAAGUCAAAGGAAGGAGACUUUGCUGUACAGACAGCGAUGGAAAAGCUGCGUCAGCCUCCCAUCUCCGGACAAGUCACCAAGAGCUCAGCACACAGAAUCAGCAGAGACCUGACCUGCUCCAUCUGCUUGGAUCUUUUCAAGCAGCCGGUUUCCUUGCCCUGCGAUCACACCUUCUGCCAGGGGUGCAUCGAGGGCUACUGGACGGGUCCCCGGGGCCCCGGGCAGGGGGGCACAGGCUCCUGCCCUCAGUGCAGGAAGGUGUACCCCGGACAGUGCUACAGGCCCAACCGCAUCGUUGCCAACAUAGUGGAGAGCUACUGUCAUGGUCUGGACGAGUGUGGGAGUGGAGCCCGCCUGGCGGAUGUUGCGGUGGCAGAGCGGGCCCCUGCUCCGGUCCCCCGCUGCAGCCGACACAGAGAGGAGCUGAAGCUGUACUGCGAGGAGGACCAGGAGCUGGUGUGUCUGGUGUGUGGAGUCUCCCAGGAGCACAGGAGCCACACCAUGGUGUGCGUGCAGGAGGCAGAGCUGAAGUACAGGGCGUCUCUGAACAGCUCCAUGGAUUCCCUGAAAAUUGAGCUCAACACAGCGCUGCAGUGUGACAGAGAAGCUGAGGACGAGGUCAAAAAGCUCAAGGAUCACACCGCCGACCUCAAGCAGCGCAUCGAGGCCCAGUUCAGCGACCUGCACCAGUUCCUGUACCAGGAGGAGAAGCUGCUGCAGGUGAAGCUGAAGACGGAGGAGCGGCGGGAGCUGAUCCGCCUGGACGAGCACAAGGCCCUGCUGUGCGUGGAGAUCUCCCGUCUGCAGGGGGCCGUGCACGAGAUCGAGGACAAGCUGACGGAGCAGGACCCCUUCACUCUGCUGCGAAGCAUCAAAGUCUUGCUCCAGAGCAGGCCGGCGCUGAAGUUCGAGAAACCAGCGUUUACGCCGCCCAGUCUGUGCGAGGGUCGGUUUGCGGGGCCCCUGCAGUACAGAGUGUGGAAAUCCAUGAAAGGAAGCCUCUACCCAGUUCCAGCAGCCAUCACAUUCAACUCCAGCACGGCCAACCCUUGGCUCAGCUUGACCUCCUCCCUCACCUGCGUUCGCUACCAGACCUUCAACCACACGGUGCAGGACAACCCCUACAGGUUCAACGCUGCCCUGUCGCUGCUCGGCAGCCAGGGCUUCACCCACGGACGCCACUACUGGGAGAUCGAGGUCUACAGCAGCACGGUGUGGACGGUGGGGGUGGCUCGGGAGUCGGUGCCCAGGAAGGGAGUCAUCAAAGCUCUACCAGCCAACGGCUUCUGGACUCUCUCCCUCUCUUAUGGGAUUCAGUACAUGGCAGGCACCUCCCCUCCGACUGUGCUGUCCCUGGAGGAGCCGCUGGCCAAGAUCGGGGUGUACCUGGACUACAAGAGGGGCCUGGUGUCCUUCUACAACGCAGAGAGCAUGACGCACCUCUACACCUUCAGGGAGAACUUCUCUGAGACGCUCUACCCGUACUUCAACUUAGGCUUCCUGGAUAAGGUCCAUGAAAACGAGCCUCUCAAAGUUUUCUUACCAAAGAUUUAACGAACUGGAAAAAUGGCAACAAAAGAGUAAAGUUGCAAAACCAAACAACCAUGAUUCAAACUGCAGAAAACAAGAGAAAUCAUACUUAAUAAUAUACAGCAUUAGAUACAUACUUGUUGAUAUCAGACCUGUGUCCAAUGAGGACACAUUGUUCAGUAGACUGGAUCUACUGCCACUCGUUUCAGCUCAGAGAAGCUGUGCUUCAAUGACGAAUGUGAAACUCCACGGUUAUUCACUGUUAUGUGCUAUUAUGGUUAUUUUGUAAUCAUUUAUUUUUGUGCAUGAUUCACUAAUAGAGUCAAGUUAGACUCUUAAUCAUAUGGUUUUAUUUUUGACGACAUAUGUACUGUUCAUGUUUGUGUGGAUUAUAUUGUGUCAUUCUAACAAUGUCACGCCUUUUGAUUUUCUUUUUAUAUGUGAACACAUUUUUUGUAAUUUUGGACAUUUACUUUGUACUUUUUGUACGAGUAAGAAUUGAAUGCACCAGCUGCUGGUUGAUCCAAAGUCUGGUGCAUGUUGAGUGGCACACAACGAAACACAGAACUAUAUGGGUAACCUUUUAAUAAAAGUAUUUGUGAAUGAUU